CUCUACACUGUCUUUUGGUCCACAGCUCGCGCAUACCUCCGAGCUUCCUGUAGUGAAUACCUUCACACCGCAGCUCGAUGAAGAUUGGGCCUCAAGCCUUCGUUACACAGACAAGAGUAUGGACAUCAACAAUCGGUUGAUGCUACCUUCCAGUGAACCACUGAAUACGCGGGAAAUAAUUCACUGACGGCCUUAUACAGCAUGCGUGACGCCGUAUACGACACGAAGGAACCUUCCACCAUCGACCCCGCGCUCUUGAGUAUGCCUUGCGGCAGAACGGCCCUGUCGGCUCCGCCGGCUACCGCAUUCCCUUCUUUGAUCACUCCCGCUAGCAUGUCACCUCCACUCGACAUUCCAUUUCCUUCGGAACACGCCAUGGGAACGUUAUAUAUGACCAACCAUGUUCAUGCCAAUACCUAUGAUCGAGAGCGUGCGAUUAACUCCGAUGCCACAAACAGUGACGAAGGAUCCAUUCUCUUUCCUGAUCCCUCGCCUGCAGCUCGAUACCGUCCUCUCACCACCAAUCUUCCCAUCCGUACUCGUAAGAGUAAAACCGCGGAAGUUACGGGACGUUACGAGUGUCAAUCCCGCAACAAGAACGCUGAGAUCCCGGACGAGCUCAUUUUCCUCGCUCUGCAGGAUCCCUCUCGUGGGUGCCCGGUUAACGAGUGCGCGUACGUCCCCACUGCCAUUGGCAAACGAGGGUCAGGACAGGCAUCUAAUCUGCUGAGGCAUAUCGAGUCUCAUCGUUCGAAGCAGUGGGUGUGUUGUGGGCUGCCGCUCAACGUCGCGAUCGAGAAGGGUCUUCGGCAGGAGGGCGAUCUGCCAAACUUCUACUACGGAGGACAGCCGAUGGUCGGAGGCUGUAAGCAUUACCUUAGCAGGCAAGAUUCGCUCGUUCGCCACCUGGAAGGCAAGGGUCGCGAUUGUCUCACGGAUGUUUUGAUUGUGGAGAGAAUCAACAAGGAGCAGCGCGCCAGUUGGCGAGAGCUGUUGCGACAGUAUGGCAAGUAAUUCAAUUCGACAACUCCGUAUUUUAUCACGGACGUUAUCCCUCCCUCUUUAUUAGGUCACUGAUGUCUGCUGUAUCUUGUACUAUUAUAUGGAUGUGUCGUUUUCCACUUUACUGGCUACCUGAUCUAACCACCGUUCCAAUUCUCUCGUAUAACAUGACUAUACAACUAGGAAUCAUUGUUGACUGGUCAUUAUAUGUUGUAUCGGGAAGCAGAUUGUUCGUCUCAGGAUUAUACUCGCUCAAUAGACCUUGC